AUGGUACAGUCUUGGUUCAUUCAUAAAAUUCUAGCAGAGCAUAAAAGGAGGGGCUUGCAUUCUAGUCGUCCAGUUACCAGGUAUAUACCUGGAGAAAAGACCCGAGCCGCUCUGCCCCGCGGAAGGCCAGAGUCAUAUUUGUCGUUGAUCAGGACUUUUAUGUAUGUAUGUGUGUGUGUGUCUGUGUGUGUGUGUAUUUUUUUUCCUUCCCUCGUGAUGUAUCAUAACAACCUGACGUCUGACAUGGAUUCAGUCUCUCCCACCUGCCGGACAGAGUCUCCUGUCGGGACACUCUGCCAGAAGACGCCAGAAGAGGCGAGCUCUCCAGCCUCCUCCUCAGAGAGCAAUGCAAAGGAGGUCUGCCAAGAUAUGAGCGUUCAAGACACCCCAUUUGUUCCAACAGUCACUGCAAUUUCCUCUACCCCAGAUUUCCAGUGGAUGGUCCAGCCUACGAUUAUUACAUCUGUCUCCCCGUCUCUGGGUAGCAAGCAAGCCAAUGAACCGCAAAGCUCUCGCCAGGCAACACCCAAAGCAGGCGGGAAUAAGGGAAAAAAUGCUGUCAGAAAGGGGAAAACAGAGCAGCUGUCUCCAGAGGAGGAAGAGAAGAAGAGGAUAAGGAGGGAGAGGAAUAAAAUGGCCGCAGCAAAGUGUCGCAACAGACGGAGGGAACUCACAGAUACACUGCAAGCUGAGACAGACAAGCUGGAGGAGGAAAAAGCAGCCCUGGAGACGGAAAUAGCCAACCUCCUCAAAGAGAAAGAGCGGCUUGAAUUUAUCCUUGCUACACAUAAACCUGUGUGCCAAAUGUCAGAAGAGCUGGAGGCUAUUUUCCAGGAACCCACGGGGUCCCCAGAGCUACCACCCAGUCCAGAUGAGGACAGACUUCCAGAGGAUGGCACCCAGGAAGCUCCUUCGCUCCAGGACAUGGACAUCCCCAGCGAUCCGUCCACAGCCAUCUCUGGGAACUCCAAUAUCUUGUUGUGUGCCAGUGCUGAAAUCAACAUCUGCGAUCUCGAGCCCUCUCUGGACAUUAAGGACGGGCUGCUGGACAGCAUGUUACCCAGUCUAGAAGAGAAAACCCCCAUGGAGACGGCAAGGUCUGUGCCAGACAUAGAUCUGAGCAGUUCUCUUGGGGUCUCGGACUGGGAGACCCUGUACAAGUCUGUUUCGAGCGACCUGGAGCCUCUCAGCACUCCCGUGGUGACCUCGACCCCCACCUGCAGCAGCUACCUGUCCGUGUUCACAUUUGCGUGUCCUGAGCUGGACUCUCUCGCAGAGGGACUGGACAGCCAUAAAGGUGGAGGGGGCAAAGCUGAAUCUGUUGAUAUCCUCAACUCUCCAACUCUCCUAGCCUUAUAAUGUACAGAGGGAGAUUACCUGUCUGAUCUCUCUGGUUUUUCUGUUUGCAGGUUCCUGACUUUGAAAUGAUACGAACAACAUAUGCCACAGUAUGCUGUAACACUUCAAGGAAUACAUUCAUGAAACCGUCUCGUGUGUGACUAAGCAAACGUAUAAACUUUCUCCAGAUACAUAGCCAACAGAGUGAUGUAGCUAAAAGCAUGGCUUUUACUUUAACAGGAGGGGGCCUGAAGUAAGUUUUGAUUUUAAAACGCAUGCUGAGAAGUUCCAAAUAAUUUUCAAAGCUCAUAUAUAUCUGAUCUUUUCCUAGAUCUAAGAUGUAAUGUGGAAAAUUAAUGUUACAGUAUGGUUUUGUGUUUUGGUGUCAAUAGUGUAUUGAUUGCUGUAACUGUUGUAUUUACAUAGUCAUCCAUGUUAAGUACCUGCAUACCUCAAUGUCAUCAACUGUGGUUUGACCUCAUUGUUUAAAAUGUUGAAAGUUUUCCAUGAAAACAUCCAGUGCUAUAUACUAUAUAUCUUAUCAAGAUGUAACUUAUGAUUUAUUUUUUUACCUUUCAGAUUUCGACUUAUUUGUUAAAUUUAAAAAUAAUAUGAGCAUUGAUUGCUUAUCUAUG